AUGGCCACCAAUGCUUCGACGUUGACCAUUGAGGGACGCCCUCCGUCCAGCUUCAAACCUACCCAUGAAGAGCGCAAACGGGCUGGGCUGAUCACGUUCGAGGAACAUGCCAUUACACCAUUUUCUGUGCCUUCCACGUCGGUAACAUUCGAAACCUUCAACCCUGACUUUUUGGGUGGGUUGAAACAGCGACUGCAAGACAUCGAGCUCAGGGUGAAGAUUAUGGAUGCAAAUAACAUUGCCGCUCAGAUCAUCUCUCUGAAUCAGCCGACGGCCCAGGCCUUUGUCAAGUUGGACGACUGUGUCGAGUUUUGCCGCAAAGCGAACGAGUUCGUGUUUCAAAAUUACUGUGCAAAGUAUCCAAAGCGGUUUUUCGCCUUCGCGACCCUGCCUACGCAAGACGGGACAGCGGCAGCGGCCGAAUUAGAGCGUUGUGUCAAGGAGUACGGAUUCGUGGGUGCUAUGAUUAACGGGUAUACCGUGACCGAAGAUCCUACUAAGGGGCUCUACCUUGACGAUCCGCAGUACGACACGUUAUGGGAAGUAUCUGGACGCUUGGGAAAGCCAAUCUUUAUUCAUCCUCGCAUACCUCUCCAGUCGAAUCUCAACGUUCUGAAAGAUAUUCCCAUACUCCAUGGAGCACCGUAUGGAUUUGGAAGAGAAACUGUGGAACAUCUUCUAAGGAUUAUGUACGCUGGAGUCUUCGACCGCUUUCCCAAGUUGAAGAUAUGCCUUGGACACUCGGGCGAAGGACUCUCUUGGAUCUUGCCGAGGACCGACACCACAUUUAGAAUGUACACGAAAGCCGCCCAAGGGCCGAAGAAAAAGUCCUUUCUUUAUUAUUUCCAAAACAACAUUAUUUGCAACACCAGUGGUAUGCCGAGGACAUCGGCCCUGCUCAAUCUGUUGUCGGAAACAAAAGUCGAAAAUGUCACUUUCUCGGUGGAUUAUCCCUACGAGAGUAUCGCCGAGAUGAGGGCAUGGUUUGAAUCAGUUCCAAUAUCGGACGAGACAUGGAAGGAUAUUGGGUUUCGUAACGCGAUCAGGAUCUUUAACCUGCCACUUGACAUCAACUAG